CGAGGCGGUCUUUUUGCGUUUUAAAGUCACGGUUGAAAGUGACCGAGCAACUGGACAACAUGUUGAAAUUGAUGUUAUUUCGAAAACUCGUGAUUUUGGGCCUGAUCGCAGGUGUUUGCGCAAACGGGAGAGCCUCCACGCACAGAUUGAACGUUCCCCGAGUUUUGUUACCCGUGUUCAACAACUUCGCGGUGAAUUUCACGCUAGAGGUUACGGACGGCGGCUGCUACAAAUGGUCGUCCUCACGGUUGGAUAUCGUACAACUGAUUCCCAUAAAUGAGAACUUCGAUCGAACGUGUUCGUCGGCGGUGUUGCUUCAGACCAUAACGAGAGAAUUGACCAGGAACACCGCGAUUGUAUUGGCGGAGGACAUUAGAACCAAUCACUUUCUGCGAUGCGACGUUAUAGUCGAUGUGAUUUUUUCUUUGAACCUCAUCACCACCACGAGAGAACUGUACAUUGAAGAUAUACCCGAAGCGUUCGAGGUACGGGCUAACGACGAACAAGGAAAUGAAUUCACCACUCUGGCGGGUAUAGAAUUUUUGUGGACCAUCGACGAUGCUGACAAACACGUGCCGUCGAAUGUGUUGCGCUUCAUGACCUACGAGGAGUCGCAGUACGAAAGGCCAGUUGGUGUAGCUACGUUGGACAGCGUUGGAAAAAGAGGUCACAUUGUUUUGAUAGAAGGCGUUAGAACUGGAACGGCCAAGGUGUCGGUCAGACUGCCGCAUCCGGAGUACAGCCACGUUCCGUCGAUACAGGUCGAGUUAAUUGUCAUCGCCAAUUUGAUCAUUAUCCCGCCGGAAAUAACAAUAAUGGCUCACGACAGCUUCAAGUAUAAGAUAAUGCACACUCGUCAGGGACGAUUGGAAGAGAUCAGUCUGCCUUCCACUCAAUACUAUCUAGAGGCCGAGAACUUCGACAUAUUGGCGAUCGAUAACGAUCACUACUUCGCGUACGGAUCCAAAACGGGUCGUACGAAAGUGUUUCUGCACGACAAAAACGUUCGCGACGAAUAUCCGGUUAUUCUGCCUUCCGCUAUAGUCAACGUGCAUCAAGUGUCUUACAUCUCUAUUUCUGUUUUGCCUAACAGGAAUCAGGGAUUGAUAUUGGAUCACACUCAUGAGAUCGUUGUCGAAUUGUACGACAACAAAGAUCAUAAAUUUCACAUCGGGGAAGGCGUGGAAGUCUCGAUGAUGAUAAACAAGCAAUACUUUGACGUAAAGUCGAUCACGCACAACGGCACUUACGCCGUCGUGGUGCCGAUCACAUGCGGAAUCACGCUCGUGGAAGCAACGUUGCACGGUAUAAUCGACAAACACGGCAGAAAAACCGUGUUCGAACAGAAACUUUACACCAAAUCCGAGCUCACGAUACACACACGGGUGCAAAUCGAGCCUCGCGUUCUGGCUGUUCCUUGGGACGUCGUAAACGAGUCCAGAUUCGAUGUGACGUUAAAAGCGAACGGCGGAGAUGGGUCGUACGUGUGGUCGAGCAGACAAUCGUCGAUAGUGUCUGUCUCUCAGAACGGCGCUAUCAGAAUUUUGUCAGCUGGCACAACUGAAGUGAGCGUCGCGAUGACGAGAAAUCAGUACAACCGAGACACGGCGAAGAUAUACGUGUUGCCACCCUCGAAGCUGAAGAUCAUCGAGUACAGCAUAGAGGCGGCUGUGGGAGAACCGAUUCACUUGCACGUCGCUUUGUUCGGAAAACUGAUCAACGGAUCCGACGUGAGGGAGAUUCCGUUCAGUGACUGCAAGAACGUCGAUAUCAAGAUCCACGUGUCGAACGAGAACUUUGUGCGGAGUCACGAUGGAAACGUGCAACCGGUCGGUGUGGCUUGUACCGUGAUAACGAUCACUAAUAAUCGCGGCGUCGGGACGUCCGACGUGACCGUGAGUUAUCACGCGAUUAGCAUGCCCGAUGGAUAUUUAACGGAUAAUAUCACCGUGUCGGUGUACGAGCCGCUCGUGGCGAUACAUCCGAAAACCAAGGAGACGUUACUAGCUGUGGGAUCCUCGAGAAACGUAGUCUUCAAAGGCGGACCGUUGCCGUGGGCGAACAAGUCCCAGGAUUACUCGCGACAGAUACAUCUGUCGAACGAGCAGAUUGCCGAGGUUGAGCAUUACGAGGACUCGCUGAGCGAGCAACAGUUCGACAAGACCGUCUUCCGUGUGAUCUGCAAGGCGUUGGGCGAAACAGCGCUUACCUACACGGUGUCGAACGUGCCUCUGUUUCCGAACUGUCGGCACACUCGCGUGUCGGAAACGAUCAACGUCGUCUGCGGUAAACCCAGAUACAUCUAUCUGUGGGCGGAGUUCAAGGACAGUCAAAAAUGUCCGAUCAGUCAGAACGCGGAGAAGAUAAUUGCGCACAGCGGCAAGCGUUUGAAGAUAUCCGUGUCCGUCAAAGACGAGGGCGGCAGACGGUUCGACAAUAUCACGAGUUUGAACAUCGAAUGGAAUUUGAAGCCGUCGGACAGCGGUGGCGUGGAAAUCCCCUCUGGCAUGAUAGAGGACACCUGGACGGAUGAGAAUGUGAUCCUGCCGAGGAAUCACUAUCAGAAUAUUAUUUUCAGGAAACAGUACGGCACACUCGCGGUGUUCGCGACGGUAACCGGUUAUCAGAAGCACAUUCUCAACAAACUGAGAAUCACGCCGGAGUGGCCACCGUUUCCCAUCGAGAACGAAAGAGGUGGAAUAGAGACUCCGUUGAUAGAAGCGUCCAUACACAUUGCUCUGGUGAACGAUACUCUCGUCAGUCCCGACAAAUUGAUGAUUCUGAACGAUUCGAGGAUGAAAUUGUUUCUGCAGGUGAGUCAGGGGUCCGGUUAUUACGAGUUGACUCUCAGUUCGGACGUUAUAGCGGACGUUGGGUAUGUUCAUGAGAGAAGAGCGAUCAGCGUGACGCCGAAGCAGCCGGGCGUGCUUCAUAUCACGUUGGAGGAUCUUUGCCUGCCGUCGAAAUCGGUGGUGGUGCCCGUGGAGGUCCAACAGCUGGCUGCGAUCGAAGUGGAUACCGUGAACAAGAUCGAGAAGGGAAAAUGCGUGAGAGCUGCUCUGAGACUGUACGACACGAACAAUCACAUUAUCGAGCUGCCGUCUCUCGGCACACUGGACUUUCGCACGGAGGUUGACAACGAGCACAUCGAGGUCGUGCAGUUGCCCGCGAGCGAGCAGGGUGCCGCGCCCUACGAACGAAUACUGUACAAGAUUAACGGCAUGUCCGAGGGAGAGAGUCAUCUGACCUUCGUGAAGAAGGGCGAUCGUGAGAUACGGAGCGAGACCGUCGCCGUGCAAGUGUUUCUCCCUUUACGAAUACAACCGAGAAAUCUGACGAUAUUAAUCGGGACGAUUUAUCAGAUACAAAGCGUCGGCGGUCCGCCGAAUACUGUGAUCGAGUUCUCGUCGGAGAUCGACGACGUGUUGCGCGUCGAUCGCAACGGGAUCCUCGAAGGAAAAUCAGUGGGCGGUACGAAGGUCUGCGUGCGCGCGGUCGGUCUCGACGCCAAGAACAGCAGGGUGAUCUAUUCGGAGGAUUGCGCCGACGUGCACGUGCUGCAUCUCGGAGGGGUGAAGAUCUCGACUCCGGUGAGCAGAGUGAAGACGGGCGCCGUGUUCCCGCUCUGGGCAUUCGGUGUUCCCGAUCAUCUGACGCCCCUCAUCAUUGGUUCCAUGCAGCUGCCGCUGAGUUUCUCGUGGUCGUCGAGCGAUCCCGGUCUGUUGACGUUGCACAACAUGUACGAGGGCACCGGCAUCAAUAUUAGAUACCAGAAUCAGGUAUCGCUCAGAGCAAGAGCUAUAAAACCGGGCGUGGCGACGAUCUAUCUCAAUGUCACUGUGCCCUGCAACAUGGUGUCUGGUUUCGGCAAGAACGACAUCACGUACACCACGUUCGUAAAGAUCGAGAUCUUCGAGGAGCUGCGGCUGAUCAAUCCAACACUGUCGGAGAACGCAUCGUCGACGAUACUGAUGUCGCCGAAUUCUCUGUUGCAGUUGCAAACAAAUCGAGAUAAACACGGCACGACAACUUACAAAACUGUUCUGUCGUCGAGCACACACAACAAGGAUCCUUCACUGCCUGCCCCUGUGACCGUUGAUAAGAACGGAGUUGUGAGAUCAGGCGAGAAUUUCGGUCAGACUGUCAUCUCCGUCACGAGCACGGAACCGUACAACUUGAAGCAGUCGUUGACGGUUGUUGCUCUAGUCAAGCCCAUUCACUACAUGAUGUUUUCUCUCAAGUCCAAACUACGCAUACGAAACAACGAGGAGUUGAAUAUGUUACCGAAAGGAAUGGAACUGGAUUACACUGUCAAUUAUUACGACAAUGUUGGAAAUAAGUUUCACGCUUCUGAGGCUACUGUCAAAACUAUGGUGAAUCGUGCCGAUUUAACGUCGUUCGUCACGAGCUCCGAUAACACCGUCACCGCCAGGUUUCUGGAGAACGGCGAGCUGGUUGUGAAAAUUUUCAGUGAAAAAUAUGGAUUGUUCGAUUACGUUCACAUGAUGAUCGGUGAUAUCGUGUUCCCGACGAAAACAACCCUAACUGUCGGCGACGUGGUGUGCUUCUCCAUGCCGUUACUUUCAUCCGACGGAGAUCCAGGAUAUUGGCAGUCUUCCGUACCUGAAUUAUUAUCGGUAGAUCCGAUCACGGGGAUAGGUAAUGCGCGAAGCGUCGGGCAUGCCGUCGUAAAACACAGUCUCGCAACUCACGUGCUGAGCGAAAUACAAGUUGAUAUUCUAUCAAUUUCACGGGUAUUUGUUCUUCCCCUGAGAGGAAAGAAUAUAACUGGCACGGAAAUCUUUAGCGUGCCACUCGUACUCAAGAGCAAAAACGAAGAGAUCAAGGAAAACAACGUGCUGGCAAGAGGUCUAGGUGGUUGUCGUACGUUAUCGUCAUUCGUACUGAACACGUUUCCCUAUACGUGUAACAUUCAGUUUGUCUCGUCAAUUUCGUCCGUCAACAUAAAAGAUCUGUUUCUCGUAAAGCCGCGAUUCGAUAUCGUGACUGGUUUUUAUUACUGCGACAUCAUACCGAUAAGUUUUCCAACUAUGGACACUAGUGUGUUGGAAAGUCGCAUUCAAAUCAGUGCUCAGAGCCGAGAUAUUGAAUCGGCAACGUUGGAACUUGCUUACUUGCCACCUGUGUACGUUGGCGUCAAGGAGAUCGUAUUUGCCCCCGGCCAAAGUUACGGUGGAUCAUCGUUGUCGUCAACUUUUGUUGUACACGGACUGCCAUUGGUGUUGGAGCAUCUUACCAUUGAUGUACCAAGCGGAGUAGUCGUUAGUUCGCAACAAUACGUUUCGAAAUCCUCGAUGCAAUAUAAACUGCGCUUAAUGAAUGAUCAGAAUGAGGUUCUGGGACAAAAAUUGUUUGUUGUGAAUGACUUGACCAAGCAAAAUAUAUCUCUUCACAUACGUGUGUCGUCAAGAUACAGUUCUCAUCUUACUCCCGUGUCUGGAGUGGAAGAAGUGGUCAACUACAUGUACUUUCGGAGAUAUACAUUCGGAAUGCUUCUCUCCAUUGCAAUUGCAAUAUUUUACGGAUGGAAACAUUGCGUGGCGAAAGGUGAUUUAACAAUCAGAAACAAAAGCGUUUUUGUCGACAAAUCUCCGCCGAUGUUGAGGAAGUCAAUCGGGCCUUGUACAACAACAAGUACCACGACCCCUAGCUCCAGUCCACUUCGGACCUCACUUUCACCAUUGAAACCGUUUUCCGCCUUUGAAACAUCGGUUUACGGUGACCCGCGAAGUUUCGGCACGCCUUAUCUUAGAAGAAGAGAAUUUGAGAAAAUAGAAUAGAAUAUAAAGAAAAGUGAGUGAUCUCGGAAAAAUAAUGACAGAGACUAAUAAUUUACAAACAUUUGAGAAGGAGUAACAUUUACUCGGAUAUUAAAAAGUUUUUAGUUGUUUUCUUUAAAUAUGAAGUACGCAACUUCUCGUGAGUUUUUU